AACUAUUCCAGUUUUCCUAACUUAAACACAGCAGCGCCGGUCUUCUUCCUCUUCAUCUGAUUUGUGGUCUCCGAUUGCUAAAAAAAAGUUAAAAAAAGCACGCCUUUUCCAAAUUUCAGGCAAGCCAAGGCCAGCGCUAAAGCGCAUAAAGCGCUCGUCUGAUUGAAGGCGCCUCGGCUGGAUGGUCUAGAGGUGACAAUGUCCAAUAUUAUUAUGUUUGAGGAUAUUUUUGUGAUUGAAAAACUUGACCCAGAUGGUAAAAAAUUCGAUAAAGUGUCUCGUAUUGAAGCACACAGCCAGAAUUGUGGCAUGUUCAUGCAACUAGACGUGAAUACGGAAAUAUUUCCUAUGGCUGUUGGUGAUAAAUUUACUAUGGCAUUGGCUCACACUCUAAAUUUGGAUGGUACACCUGACACUGGUUAUUUUACUCAGGGAGGAAGGAAAACUCUUGCUGAUAAGUAUGAAUACAUUAUGCAUGGGAAGUUGUACAAGAUCUCAGAAGAAGGUUCAGGAAGAAAGGCUAAAGCGGAGAUGUUAGUUUCAUAUGGUGGGCUUCUCAUGUUUCUAAAAGGUGACCCUUCUCAUGUCUCUCACUUUGAACUUGAUCAGCGUCUUUUUCUUCUUAUGAGGAAGCUGUAAAGCUCAUUGCUCUAUCUGCCUCUAGCUGAUGUGCACAGUAUGGUCUUCUGCCGGCCAAGUUAUUUCUUAAUCGAAACUAUGCCCCGUUUCCUCAGUAUCUAACGGUGCAUUUGCUUAUGUCAAGCUCGAACUUAGUUGGGAGUAUGAUUUUCUUACGUAACGAAACUUGAAACAAAAUGAUGGUUGGCUUGACAGUGACAUAAUUUUUGAACUUUGAUAUGUAUCAGUUUCACUAUAAUAUUGAUUGGAAGUUUGGAUAUAUAAA